CUGCGUUCGGCGGCUCCUGGCCGCCCGGAGACCCGGGGGCGAGGGCUCGCUCGGGAGGCGGCGGGCUCCGAGCGGCUCGGUGACGGCGCGGGGCCAGCGCGAGGGCCUCCGGUACCGCAAACACGGCGAGCCGCUCAGCGUGAUCCGGCUUGAGAGCCUGGAGCUCCCUAGCGUCGGUGAUUAUGAUAUCAAGGUUCAGAUGCUGGCAGCACCCAUCAAUCCAUCAGACAUCAACAUGGUCCAAGGCACCUACGCGAUUCUUCCUGAUCUGCCAGCCAUUGGAGGGAAUGAAGGUGUGGGACGGGUUUUAGAUGUCGGCAGUCGGGUGUCCAGUGUGAAAGCUGGUGAUCUGGUGAUACCAUCAAAUACGGGGCUGGGAACCUGGGCGACGGAGGCAGUGGGCAAUGAAAGUGCUUUUGUUAAGCUCCCCAUUGAUGUGCCUCUUCUGUGUGCCGCCACCUUAGCUGUCAACCCAUGUACUGCCUACAGAAUGCUGUACGACUUUGAGUCCUUGAAGCCUGGUGACUCUGUGAUACAAAAUGGUGCAAACAGUGCUGUGGGCCAAGCAGUAAUUCAGAUAGCCCAUGCCAUGGGGCUGAAGACGAUUAAUGUUAUCAGAGACAGACCUGACUUACAGAAGCUGACAGACCGACUUCAGUCAAUGGGAGCCAACUAUGUGGUCACCGAAGAGGCACUUAGGAAGCCUGAGAUGAAAGAGAUAUUUAAGGAAGUACCAAGACCUCGGCUCGCCCUGAACUGCGUCGGAGGCAAAAGUACAGUUGAGGUUCUACGGCAAUUACAACACGGAGGGACUAUAGUGACGUACGGAGGGAUGGCGAGACAACCUAUCACAGUUCCAAUGAGUGCGCUUAUCUUCAAAGAUAUUAAAAUCCGUGGAUUCUGGGUCACCCGCUGGAAGCAAGACAACAUACACGAGCCGAGCAAACUUCUGAAGAUGAUCACGGAGCUUUGCGACCUAAUUCGUGCAGGGAAGCUGACGGCACCAGCGUGCACUGAAGUCCCACUGCAGGACUAUCGAGUCGCCCUGGAGGCUGCCACCAAGCCCUUCAUUGGCACCAAACAGAUCUUAAUCAUGUGAACUGUCAAUAAUCUCUUGCAGAAUGACAAAUCAUGAGCUUUGCUCUCAAGACAGACAAUCAUUCCUACUGGUGAGCCCAGUCCGUCCAAUCUCAGUCUCUAGUUUGAUUUUCGAUGAGUGGUGAUUAUUUUGUAAGCCAAAAUAUCCAGCUGUGUGUGGCACAACUGAAUUGACUCGAUGAAGGGCAGGAAUGAGAGUCCUGGUUGUUUUUCUCCCCCCAUCCCCCCCUUUAGCCCUGGAGCACUGGGGUCGAUCACAGCAUUGCUUCUCUGGCUACUAGCCGCUAAGUCAGCAUAGUUCAAAUCUGUUUUCUUCCUGCUUUGUAUGGCAAUUUUUUUCUCUUUCAAUUUCAUCCCUUUCCUCCAGGCAUUUUUUUUUUGGUUCUACUUGGACACAGUCUCAUGGGCACUGGAUUUGAGUCCAAUGAGGGGGAAUUGCAGAAACUAGAUUGAUCAGAUCUUUUCUCUGAUUUAUAUUGGAGUUCUGCGGUGGUCUAGCCCUAUUACUGAAAACAAAAAGGAACGGGAACUCAAAAGGUAUCUUAAAUUCUGCUUCAAACGGAUUAAUUUCAGGUGAAAUGAUUCCUCUACUCGGCACUUCAGCUCAAUGUGUAAAUUGGGCACUAUGCGAGGUAGCGGAGGACAGCUGGCACUUUCUGAAGUGCAUCUAAGUAAGAAAAAGGGAUGGGGCAGGUGAAAAUUCUUUAGAAAUGCAUUACCAAAUAAAAAGUGGGUAUAAUUUUACAAAUCAUUAUUCGCCGCUAUUGUCAUCAGUACAUUUAUCAAGCGUAGCCUCUUUUAACUUCCUCAACUGGAAAGAAGGGGUUAUAUCUCUCUUCCUCACUCAGUGUUGGCACAUCAGAAUUGCAGGGAUAGUUUUGCGUGGAAUCUCUAGCAGUUGCGCUGUAAUUUACUCAGUGGGUGUGGGAGCUUUGGCGCCUACUGUUAAAUUCAUCCAGCAGGGAAACCAAAUAGUUUUAUUUACAUAUAUAUUGCUUUUUCUUCUGGUAUGUGUCGCCGCUUAUUUUAUUUCCCCUUGCAUAUUUAUUGCCGGCAAGCCGGAGAGACUUAUGAGCUGUUUCCUUGGUGCACGAGUUGUGAGUGUUCGGGCCAUUCUUCGCCCCCCCCACCCCCAUGAUGUGACUGAGAUCACGAGCUCGCCAUUUGGAGAAUUAGCUUUGGGGUCUAUACAUCCCCAGCUUGCUCUGAAAUUUCUGAUGGGUUUAACCUGAAGACCAUCAGUGGAUGAGCUUUAAUCCAUCCUGCUCUCUGGAUCUCCCUCCUCACUCUAUCCUGCUCCAUCUUUAAAGCCCAUCUUAAGGCAGUUCUAUUUAAUAGCACUUUUGCACAUCUUUUUCACCCCCACUCUUAACUUCUUCAGCUUCCCCCAACCCCCAGCUCAAGCUCCCAAUCAGCUGUUUUGUAAAGCACGUAGAGAUGCCCUACUAAUGUGAAAGGUGCUGUAAUAGUAAUAUAAUAAUAAUAAUCCUUGCAUUUGAUAUAGAGCUUUUCACAUCUUCUCGACAUCUCAAAGCGCUUCACAGAAUGGACUGUGAAGAGAAUUGACUGUAUAUUUGUGGGCGAAUGUGAAAUUGUCGUUUUAUUGCUUCACAAUGUAACUUUGCAGAAUAUGGGGAAAUCCUUAAAGUAAAUCCUGAUUUUGAAAACCAGUAUUCCGCAGUUCUUACAGAAGACUCGCUCGCAAACGCAGGGGUUUUCUGAAGUUCUGCAUGACUUCAAAAUUGAAGAUAAUGGACUCAAGGCUAUUGACCACGUGCCUUUAUAGAUGUCCGAUUGUGAAGCAGUGACCCUACCAGAAUAUGCUGCGCGUAUGUGUGUCCACAGGGUCACAAUGGUCAGUCGGGAAAAUCCAGAUUACAUAUGGUCAAGUCAGUGACUUUCCUGGUUGGGGAAUUCUACACGAUAGUGUCAGUACUGCUUGAAAGCCCAUGUGGUUAAUGGAACUGUGACUAGAUUCCAAGCAUCUCCUCAAAGGACAACACUUUCAGUCCGCGACUGAGAAUAAGAAAAAUGAUACUCUAAACUUUUAGAACGUGUUCUGUCUGUGGGAAUUCAUCAUUCCCAGCAUGUCACUGAUAUUAAAUAGGGAGCUCAACCCAACUACCGUUGAACUGAAACUUGACCUACUAAACAAGAUUAGAUUUGGAUCGCUAUUCUUUCUCUCGUUCUCCGUCUCUGUCUCUCUCGGUUUCUUUCACUCUCCCACCGCCAACCUCUUUCUUGACUGAGGUCUGUCAUGUUGACUUGUCCAGAUGUAGCGCUGUAAUUUUAGAUGGGAAUGCUCUGUUCAAGUGCAAGUGGUCUUAUGCCUCGUGACGAAGAAGUAAAUUGCACCAUCACUCAUUGUCUGCCUGGGCGUUGGACCGUAAACUCACACUAAUCGACAAAUGUACUUUUGCGGCCUGUGUAGACACAGAGUUGUCAAUUAUUUGGUGUAACCGCCUCGUCACGUCGGGAGGCACAGGAUUUAGUCGGCAGCAGAGCAGCCAACUCAAAGCAAAGCAACCGAUUGCGUUGCUCUCUGGGACGCAACCGUGAUUUACAGCUCGCGAUGUGGAAGGAGACCAGCUGGAUGUGUUGUCAACAACUACAACAGCUUGCAUUUAUAUAACGCCCUUCACGCCGGACGGCAUGUCGCUGCGCUUGUUGUCUCUUGUCUUAACUGUUAAGGCGUUUCUAACUAAUAAUUCUUCAGGUUACUUUCUCAACUGAAAAGGCAAGCGGUCUUCCGAUAAAUAAUCCUGUACGGGGGGGGUGGCGGGGAGAAAUAAUGUUGAUUGCAAUUCGUGAAGCCAUUCCAUAUAUAAGUACAGACCGAAUAGCUUCUGUCCUUGCCGUUUCUAAACAUCUGUUCAUUUUUAAUUUCUUCCGUCAGAGCAAGGCUGUUCUGGAAUUGGCUGUACUCUUGUGCACACUUUGAACCAGAAAACUUUCAGAGCUGAAAUUUGCGCUUUGUAACGAAAUCAGAAGUUGCUCAGAGUGGGGGGAGGAGGGGUACGGCCUGAGUGAUGUAACACCAGCGAUGUGUGCUUCCAAUAAUAAGUGAAAUGUCGCA